UGUGUGUAGUCUCUCUUUUAUCAUCGCCUUCGAAUCAAAGGGGUUGGAAUCUUGUCAAAUGAUUCUUACUUCCCUUCUCUGAUCAUCGCCUUCGAAUGAAAGGGGUUGGAAUCUUGUCAAAUGAUUCUUACAUCCCUUCUCUGAUCCAAAAUCCCCACUUUUUACAACUUCUAAAACACGGGUUACUUUUUCUCUUCCAUAACUUCCUCUAUUUAAUUCUCGCCAUCAUCCUCUUCAAAACAUGACAAAAACGCUCCUCCAUUUCUCUUCUCCAGGUUUAUGUCAGGAAUUGGGUAUUUGUUUAUCUGAAGAAAUGUGAUUGCUUUCCGCCAGAUUUUGUUGAAAUUAAUUUUUCUUUUUGGUCAGGCAUUAAGGUUGUGCAUACUUGCUGUUGCUCUGAUGGCUUAUAUUCCACCACAGAAGCGACAUUCAAUGGCUUUGGAGAGGCCAUUUGUAACUCCUGCAGAGGGGCUUCUUCCUCAAUUCAAGACAUAUGCGGACUUGCAACAUUUGAUGAGUUCGAGGAGGCCAUCGCCAAUUCCUGAGCUGUUCAGUCCUCGGUUCAAUAAGUAUUUGAACGUGAGACCUUAUAAACCAAAAGUGGACAGGAGUGGACUGAUUAUGUAUGGAGACAAUGCCAUUACUGUGUGGUGUGCUGUUGGUUUGGAUAGAAACAACCAGUUUCCUUCUUCUCUGCACCUUGAACCUGUUUCGGUUGAACCCAUUGAGAGGAAAACAGGAGAAAAGCCCUUAGUUUUAGUGAAUACUCAACUGGGUAAAGAAAAUGAUGAAAGGAGAGGGAAUGCGCUGAAACGCCCGUGGGAAUUUUUGGCUGAGACUGUAUGGCCAGAUUUACUGAGUUCUUUCAAGUUUGUGAGGAACGAAAUGAAGUGCCAAAAGUAUGAGGAAGUAAAGCCAAUGUUGGUAGCUAGAUUUGGGAAAAUUCUUUAUAAUGGGAGCAAUUCAAUGAACUUAGAAAAUAUAAGAGGAGAUCGAGUUUCUGAAGCCACUUUGAAACAAUUGAAGAGAUUGUUUCACACAAAUGUUCCUAAUACAUACAUGGAAAAUAUUAUGAAUGUCGUUGUGCCUAAGAUUGGAGUUGAUUUUGAAGAGGAGAAGGAUAUAUACCAUCUCAAGCUGUCUGACAUAAGACGUCCAGACUCGACCAUUUCUUGCAAAUGCAUUAUAAAUGAAGAUAAAAUGCUUGAAAUGUAUAAGGUUGAACUAAACCAAGUUCGUCACUUAGUUGUGGAUGUAUCAUGCCUUGAAAAGGAUCUAGACCUAAGGUUGAUGCUCAGCACUAAGAGGAUCUUAACUGCUCUCUCUGAUGAAGAAGUGCAUAGUAUUAGAAAUCUGAUUAAUUCAGCAGUUUUAGAUCCAGAGGUGAAAGGUGGAUUGAGAUGGCCAAUGGGAUUGGGCUAUUAUGGGAAUAGAUACCGUGUCAUUGGGGUUUGGCAUACAAAAGUUAAAUCAUAUAAAAGUCCAUCACUAAGGCUCAAGGUUAGAUACGCUGAUCGAUCUGAUUUCAAGAGUGGAACUGGGGAAGCUACAAUGGAGAUUACCCUGCAAUUGAAGAGACUAGUAUCAGAAAUGCAGGAAGACAAGCUGGAAUAUGGUUCGAUCUAUGACAUGUUCCAAGACACCAUAAGAUUGAUCUGGGACAAUUUCUUGUGCUGUGAUCAGUUUUUGACAUAAAAAAUACGAUGCUAUUGCUGCCGGUGCCUUCUCCAUUUGUAUUGAUGUUUGUUUUUGGACCUGAUUUUGUGGAAGAAUAUUAUGGCAAAGAUUUAAGGUCGUGCUGGAAAGUUGAAGUAGGAAAUUUUGAGUGGUUUUCUUGUGUAGCUCACCCUAUAGAAUGUUUAUCAUUUUGUCCUCCGUCUGUUUUCUUCCCAUUGUAAAGAGUGCUGUUUGAUUUUAGGAUUUAAAGGAUAUCUUAGUAAUAUAUCUUUUAUUACCUUGUUUAGUUUAUCAAUAAUAAAAUAUUACGGUAAUUUUCUAUUA